UUACAAAACACAUUCGCUUAGUUUGUAAGAAAAAAGGCACAUUUUAUGUCUUACUUUUUAUAUUACCCUAAGACAAUUAAAAAUAAUGGAUAUAAGAACACAUUCCUUCUAUUGAGCUGCAUAUUAAGCAAAUAUAAAGGUUUGCCUUUAUCGCAAUAUAAACAUAAACUGCAUGUAACGUUAGCUGAAUGAUUGUUUGGCCCCUAAUCUAUAAAUAACAGUCCUUCUAGUCUAUAAGGCAGUAGCUAUUCUGGGUCUGGGGAUUGAGCUGUUUUGUGGGAGAGGUGCCAGGCGGACGAGACGGACACAGAUCGCUUCAGACCGUGAGAGAAGACCAUUCAAAUCACAGCGGGUUCACUGCGUUUUCUCUGGUGAUUGUCAACAACACGACGCAAAGACGUCUACGAGCGUUAGAUGAAAACACAAUCUGAGGUGGAGGGAGUGAUCAUGAAGUCCACUCCUUCUCCCCCUCCAGUGUUUGUUCGUGUCAGCGAGCGUGACCUGACAGAGAUUGAGCUCCAUUCCGUCGACUCCAUCAAUGACCUGCACCGCACACACUCUGAACAGCACAGCAAAGGUGUUCAGCCACCCCGUCCACCUCCUCCUACCUCCAAUGGGAAUCUUCAGAUGCAAGAUCGAGGAGAUGUCUAUCAAACAGGUCCAGUGAGAAGGCCCAGUGUGAGCAGACUGAAUGACAUGUGCACCUCCACUAGGCGGCACUAUUUUUUGGCAUGUGCAGCCAUUAUUGCAUUCCUCAUUACUCUCAUUCUUAUCUUCAGUUUUUUAGUCCAGCAGAGCAGUGCUCUCAACACACUUUUGGAGAUGGUGAAACAAAAAAAGGAAACAGCUGAAGAAAUCUCCAAACUCUUACAAGAGCUGCAAAAGCUGCACAUCAACCUGACAGAGCACUGACCAUAACACAGACCCACAGGAGAAACAUUACUGCACUGUGACAACACUGAGAGAAAAGAUUACUUCACAGCAACUUGUGAUUCUAUGUCUUAAAGGCUUCUAUUGCGUCAGUGGAAUCUAAUAUCUUGCUCAAAAACAUUCACGGUUCAACUGGAAAUAAUGUAUUAAUGGACUUUUCACCUGUAUUGUUUUGUACACUUAAUAUAGUCACACACUAUUUGGCAACUUGCUAUAUUAGUUUCAAUAACACAAAUGACCAAACAAAACAACACUAAGAAAUAUGGAAAGAAUGUGAAUAAUCAUACUUGUUAUAUUUUAAUACCUUGUUAUCAUUCCAACAAAAUUGUGUAUUGCCAAAAAAAAUUGAAUGAGCUAUAGAACAUUCACUAAGGUGAGCUUUAUUUUUUAGUUAUUGCUGAAUGAUUGUAAAUAAUUAUAUAGACUAAGAAAAAAAUAUUUUAAAAUAAGAAUAAAAAAUAAAUAUAAAUGAAAA